GGGGCUUUGUUGGGGUGCAGAUGGGAACCUUCUCUUCGCAUGACCCCGGACCAGGCCCUCAAGCAUGCGUGGAUUCAUCAGUCUCGGAACCUCAAGCCACAGCCCAGGCCCCAGACCCUGAGGAAAUCCAGUUCCUUUUUCCCUUCUGAGACAAGGAAGGACAAGGUUCAAGGCUGUCAUCACUUGAGCAAAAAAGCAGAUGAGAUCACCAACGAGACUACAGAGAAAACAAAAGAUGGCUCCACGAAGCAUGUUCAGCCUUCAGGGGAUCAGCAGGACUCUCUCCAGCACGGAGCUGACACUGUUCAGCUGCCUCAACUGGUAGAAGCUCCCAAGAAGUCAGAGGCACCUGUUGGGGCGGAGGUGUCCAUGACCUCCCCGGGACAGAGCAAAAACUUCUCCCUCAAGAACACAAACAUUUUACCCCCUAUUGUGUGACCUUUGCUGAGGGUAUGUCCUGCUCCUCUCCACCAGUGAUUUGUAUUAAGACAGCACUUAUAUUGUACAAUACUUCAGACUGUUUUUUUUAAAUACAUAAAAGUUUAUUUUAAAAAACUCUAUUAA